UUACUAGCACUCACAUCGUUUUAAACACUAUUGAUUCAUUAUAAUGUUGCAUAAUAAUUACUGAUUUCCUACUUUUUAUUAUUGUAAUGUUUUGAGUUUUGACAUUUAUCAUUUGUGUCAAACUAAACAUAACCUCAAAUAGUAGUGUUCAAUUCAAUUAUGAUAUUUUAAGAUUCUGAUCCAGUAUCGGCAAGUUUAAAGCCAUCGCAGCUUCUUUAAUGCUGUCACUUUUAAAAACGUACCCCAAGAACUCCAAAACACUAUUAUGUGAAAAAUGAAGAAAUAUUUGUAUUUGAUCCUUAACAUCUUAUUAACGACAUGGGUAUACACAUUGGACCCCAAUCCCCAAACACUAGACUGUAACACACUUCGAAUGGGGCAGUAUAUCUGCCCUGAUCCCAACUACGACCUUGUUGACCCCAAGACACAACAAAUUCGGGGCUGUAGCAAAGAAAACAAAGCUAAAGUCCCUUGCAUAGCAGUUGAAGGCCUAAUUUGUUCAGAAACCAACAAUUCAACUUUUACAAAAGAAAUGCCUUGCAAGUGGACGAAUGGCUAUUCAUUUGAGACUGCUCUUUUACUUUCCAUUUUUCUGGGAAUGUUUGGAGUUGAUAGAUUUUAUUUAGGGUAUCCAGCUAUAGGUUUAGCAAAAUUUUGUACAUUAGGAUUUAUGUUUUUGGGUCAGUUGGUUGAUAUUGUUCUUAUAGCGACUCAAGUUGUGGGGCCUGCGGAUGGGUCCGCAUACGUAAUCCCAUAUUAUGGGCCUGGGGUCCAAGUGGUGCGCAGUGACAAUUGGACGUAUAGACUUAAGCAAGAUGAUUGGUGAUUAUUAGUUUGUUACCCAAAUAAAUUAAACUUUGUAGUUAAACUCCCAUUUUUUUAAAUACAUGCAAUAAUGCAGCUCUUGUACAGUAAUGGUUACUUCAUUAGAUUAUACUAUUUUACUUGCUACUUUCUUGAAAAACUCUUA